AGUCGGCGCUCGUAGGGCGCGUACGGACGUAGCGGCGCCGCACUGCCGCCCCACGGCGGGUAUUAUGCCGGCGCUCCGGGGCCGCUCGCCACGCGCCGCGCUCACCACGUUUCGAUGCGAUAUUACGAUCGCGACAUCUCCGUGCUCACUCACGAUUCCUUAACUUACACUUUAUACGGCAUAAAGGAAUAUAAAUAUUUAUGGAUGUCAGUUUUCAGUUAUUUAGAUUGGCUGUGAAAUUUAAGGUGAGAAUGAAAUCAACACGGCGCGUUCGGGUACACGAAGAUGCUAUUCGACAUAGUGAGUGUAAACGCGGCGGCGCGGGCGACCGGCUGGCGACGCCGCGGAUGUCGCUACUCGGCAAACCCAUCAGCUACCGCGCCACGCGACGCGACGCGUGCUGCCGACGAUUUCAAUCUAAAUUUUACAAUUUCCUAGAACGGCCCAGGGGUUUUAAGGCCGUCUGUUAUCAUAUGAUUGUGUUCUUGAUGGUGUUCAUGUGUUUGUCACUGUCGGUUUUCUCCACUAUAGAAGAAUACGAAGCAAAAGCUGGUAUUGUACUUCUCUAUAUGGAGGCCGUAGUCGUCGUGUGGUUCGCUAUAGAAUUUUGUUUACGGUUGUGGUCGUCGGGAUGUCGUUCUCGGUAUCAAGGAUUAAUGGGCCGCCUCAAGUUUUUAAGGCGGCCUUUUUGCAUAAUCGAUUUUACAACGAUCAUAGCGUCUAUGGUAGUGCUGGGUAUGGGAUCCUCGGGUCAAGUGUUUGCGGCGUCAGCGUUACGCGGUUUAAGAUUCUUCCAAAUCUUACGAAUGGUGCGAAUGGACCGACGAGGGGGUACAUGGAAACUUCUAGGCUCAGUUGUAUACGCACACAGACAGGAACUGAUAACUACGUUAUAUAUAGGGUUUCUGGGACUGAUUUUCGCAUCGUUUUUAGUUUACUUGGCCGAAAAGGAUGUUGCUGAUACCAAAUUUAAGAAUUUCGCGGAAGCUCUUUGGUGGGGUGUUAUCACGCUGUGCACCGUGGGGUAUGGCGACAUGGUACCGCAAACCUGGCAAGGAAAACUCAUUGCCUCAUUUUGUGCUCUUCUAGGAAUAUCAUUUUUUGCUCUUCCUGCUGGCAUACUAGGUUCUGGUUUUGCCCUUAAAGUACAACAACAACAAAGGCAAAAGCACAUGAUAAGACGACGGCAGCCCGCGGCUACGCUUAUACAAGCUCUAUGGCGGUGCUACGCCGCUGAUGAGCACUCUAUGAGUGUCGCUACAUGGAAGAUACAUCAGAUACCGCUACCAAGCCCUCAAAUUAGUCGAGUCAUGAGUGCAUCAUUCAAGAACAAUGCUUCCUUUGUAUCGCGUCUACCGACAAUUCGAAGACACAAAAGUACUUCCCUGCAUUCUCCCGCACCCCAUUCGAAGCCUGCACAUCGGUACGACGUCAACGCAAGCGCAGAAAAUCUCGGGGCUACGAUUCACCACUCAGGGUGCACUCGAAAUAUCAACUCAGCCCGUAGCGACGACUCGGUGGCCGAGACAGCGCUCUCCAACAAAAAUUCCAAUGACGAAGAGGACGAGCCCCGCUGUGUUACACUAACUCCGCGGCAUAAAGCAGCAAUUAGAUUUAUAAGAAAGCUCAAGUAUUUUGUCGCACGCAAGAGAUUUAGAGAAGCAUUGAAACCAUACGACGUCAAAGACGUGAUUGAACAGUAUUCUUCAGGACACGCAGAUCUCCUUAACCGAACCAAAAACCUACAGUACAGGUUAGAUCAAAUUCUCGGCAAGCAAGGUUCGAAGGCAAAAGAUGUCUACGCGUCUAAAAUAAGCUUAGCUUCUAGAGUUGUUAAAAUUGAAAGACAAGUAGAUGAUAUAGAAAAUAAGCUAGACCAUUUACUAGAGAUGUAUGAAGAAGAUAGACGAGUAGCGAGAAGAAUAUGUAAUGAAGCGAACAGUAACGCCAAAGGAGGAGCUUCUGGUGAUGGCCACACCCGACCAGCAAUUACGGAAAAACAGUACUCAGAACCAAAUUCACCUUUAUGCCGAACAUUUGAACAACCAGUGCAUGCUUCUAUUCCUCCUAUAGCAUUUAAAAGACCAAUGAAUAGAGGAUACUCAGAUUUAGGCGCUAGGUUCAUGCGCAAGAAAGUUAUAGUAAAAACAUCAUCAAGUCGAAAUGGCGAGUCUCCAAGAGAUGACGAAGUAGUGAUUGUAGUACCAACCGACAGGGAAGAUACUCCCCCGAGGCUCAUCACAGAUAGCUCUGAAGUAUGUGCGAGUUGUUCCGUAGAGGUUGAAACGGAAGCUGGCGGGACACGGUCUGAUAGUUCGGGUUCGCCUUCCUGGUGCGAGGGCGAAGGCCCGGAUGAACGGGGCUAUGGCUCUGGUGAUUCUGUCGCUGAGGAGACGGCCCUACUCGCAGAUACAGUGCCUCCGCCUCAUCAGCCCCGUAUUUUGCGUCAACAAAGGCGGGACGUAGCAGUAGACUUACAUCUAUUGCGCCCCGAUGUAUGAGACAUGUUUAUAAUAGUGAUCAACACAAACUCUAUACAUAUAUAAAUGAAAUACUAUUUUCGUUGGGUUAAAACUUAUUACUUUCAUCUCAUAAUUAUUUAACAAUCAUUAUAGUGACGUGACCUACUGGGAUGAUUUGAUCGAUACUGAUAUUAUAUUGAAGCUAUCGCAAAUUUUUACAUAAAAUUCCUAACCAAUUUAAUAGCAAUGUAGUCAUUUUAUUAAAAUGUCAUCAUUGAGCGUUUUGACUUAAUUAGACUUUAUCAUAGACUAGUGGUUAGGUGAUACCUAAUUGUAACAUUAGAGUAAUCGCGACAAUGAGCGAUCUCUACAAUUGAUGUUUUGAUAUAACGCCGGUUGCAAAUAUCGUCGAUAUAAUUAUUGCUAAAUAAAUAUUACUGUACUUAAAACUUAUGCAAACAGUAUUUCAUAGAAUUAUUUUUCCAAAAGACAAUUGCCCCCUUUAAGUUUUACCUCGGUGCCUAUACGUGACUGUACGAAGUGCGUUUAUUACGAUAACAUGCAACGACGAAACAUUACAAUAAAAUAUUGAGUUAAUUGUGAUGUAAUAAACAAUAAAUAUAAGGUCUAACGUUACCUACUAUAGCACUGUACAUAGUUAAGUGCAUAUUAUUUAAAUCUUAUCAGCAGCUUACGUGAUAAUUAUUUAUAUUAUAACAUAGGUUAACAUCAUACCCAAGUACCUAUAGCGGAAUAAGCGGUCUCUUACAUGUUAUAGUACAUUACAUUUUAUUUGUUACAUUUAAUUAAAGCUAAUUUGACUAUUAUAUUAAGCUGGUACCGCUAAUUUGCUUAAAUUUUGGUCGAAUAAAAGACUUACUUAUUGGUUGCGUCUUCAUCGGCACUUGCCACUUUCAAACAAGAAGGUUACGUAAAACAAUUGUUUAGGCGUGGAAUGUAUGCGUUGAUAAAUUGAAAAUAUUAUAUAAAUAUACAAAGUUAUAACAACGAAACUAAGUGUGAUUGUUGAAGUGACGAUCCAUACUCGGGGACGCAUGAAGUAAAUGGCGCAGAUUGUGUAUAUACAAUAUUUGCCUAUGCACAAAUUGGUAGUAACUUAAUCAUUUAGAACAAAUUAAAAUUUGCAUAAAGUUACUAAUUCUUUAAAGAUAAUUUAUGUAGUUAAUAUUUGUAUAGUUUUCAAUGAGUAAAUAAAAUAGCAGCUCUUUCCUAUAACGAAACAGUAAUUUAAGCAUUUAAUAAUUUAUUGAGCUGUGAUAGUUAAUAAUAAUUUCAUUUGUAGAGCAUUAAUGCACAUAACAUACGUCCUUUUUCUUAUAUUAUAAGAUAUUUUAUAAGAUCUGGUAACCUUAAAUAUAUAUUUAUAAGAGAAUAAAGAGGAAGAUUCAGAUGAAACUUUAUGUUCUAACUAUCUCUUAAGUGAGGAAUUUUGACGAAUAUAAAAAUUUGUAUUAUUUGAGCCUAAAUUCGAUAACACAAUUUGUCGCGUACUCUGUAAAUCUUGCCUAUGAAACUACUUUUUUUAUCUAAUUUUUUGUCACCUGUAUUCCCGUUAGUGGUUCAAUAUUUUUACUAGCAAUUAAUAAACACUCUGAAAUCUCGUAUAUACUCUGACGAAUAGGCGAGUGCUGUAUCUAAGUGCUUUUAAACAAAUCACAUUGACCGGCUUUAAACCAAGAGUACCUUAGUAAACAGUCGCACCACCUUGUGGGACCAAAAUUUCCUCUCGAACUUUCUAUUAUAACCAUAUUUACACUUCUGUAACAAACCCUGUAGUUAUUGGCUUGAAAGUGAGCCACAAUUAUCUGCGAUUGCAGAUUAUUUAAUACACCGUCUGUAUAAAUUGCCUCAAUUUUAUAGUAUGAAUCGUAAAAUGUGACUUUGGUUUUUUCUUCCAAGCAACAUUUCCGAGCGACGUUCUUCACAUUAUCUUUUUUACUAUUGUGAAUUUAAAAACAAGGAGUGUUAAUGAUUUAUUUUCACUAAAUGAUUCCUAUUCGAACCAAUUUUACAGUUUUGGAAAUGUUUCUUAAGAAAGCAGGGUAAAAUCGCCUGACAUUCAGUAUGCAUAAGAGUAGAGUUGUAAUAUCUUAUGUAAUAAGUAAAAUAUGCGCUUACAUAAGGAGAGGUUAAGCUAUAAAAGAAACCAAUAUAAUAUUAAAGGCCUUUGCCUUAAACCUAAGUGCUACUUUGGGACCUAGCUCUGCCUAAAUAGUAUUGUACACAGCAAUUACAGUAAUAUUAGCUCUAGUAUUGUCAUACCUCUUUGUUACUAUAGUAUAUUUGUCAUCUAUUGUAACUCAGGUUAAAAAAAUAAGUAGAUAAAUAGUUAAGCCAAUACUUUGUCAAACACAUUCUAGCCCUUAUUUCGUCAUAGUAACAUGUAUUUUUUCUGUAGGUAGAUAUGGGUAGAUAUUUUAAGAAUAAUUUUAUAUUUUAAUAGCAUACUAGUUUAUCUAUAAGCAUAGAUUGAAACUUAAUUGAAUUUGCAGAAAGUAGGCCCAGAAUUAAGCACUUUAAAAAAGCCUUUUUAAUUCAAAAAGUUUAGUGUUAGGAUUUUACAUCAAAUAUUUUUAUUGCUUUCAUCGUUACGCAGGCAUCUCUAUCUUAAUUUAAUUGGAUCCGUAUUUAAAAUUUUUACAUCGUCGUCCUAAGUACAUAAUUUAUAUAUAAUAAAUUCUGCCUUUAUAUAUAUAAAUAUAUACCUUACUUUUACAUAAGUACCUACGUACGAGUAGUAAGUAUGUAAAGCGCAAAUAAAAUAAGUUACAAUCUGAAUAUAGUAGUAUUUUAUUUACACUUUAAUAUUGUUAUUAUUUGGAUUUGUU